AUGGAUGAUGCAAUGUUAUCAGAGUCUCCUUUGCCAGAUGAUAUCCUCCAGCCACUGCUUACUGCUUCAAGCUCAUCUAUCAUUGAUAAAUCCCUAGAGCAUCUCAUUCAAAUUGCCAGAGAUGCUGAUGGCCACUCAGACCUUGCUUCCAAGAAUAUUUUAAAUGCAGUUCUUCAGCUCUGUCAUGACCGUAUCAGACAUCUUACUGUUUCCAAUGUGUUUGCUGCAUUUGUUCUUGGAAUAUUUAGAAGUGCUGUUGGGGAUAUUAAUUUUGUCCCAAGAGGGAAGUCAGGUCUUCCAACAGGAUCCACUGCUAUUGAUGCUCUUGGAUACUUGAUCACCAUUUUGAGAGAUAUCCGUGCAACUGAUGGUAUAGGAGGUUUCAAGGAGGAGGGUACAGAGGGUGUUGUUGAUUUGCAGUCCUCAGGACUUCUGGAACUUCUUUUAAGUUUGAUCCUUGAACUUGAGCCUCCAGAAAUAAUUAGGAAAGCAAUGAAACUGAGCGACAACAAAGAAGGAUCAAGUCCUUAUUAGUCUGGAAAGGACCUUGAAAAAA